AUGCCCCGGAUGCCUGGCGGAUCAGGCGCCGCGCGAGACUCUUAUAGCACCGCGUCGUCGCUCUCCUCCUCGUCGACUUCCGUCUAUCCCUCAUCGUGCGCUUCCAUCUCGCCUCCACGCAGCACUAACAAGGGAUUCCGCCAUUCAGAUUUUAUAACUACCCCAUCAUCUCGUCCAAGACGCCCACCAUCUACCGAGCACGACAGCGCGCGAGACCAUCUGGCAAGCCUGAUCAAGAAACACGGCCCCCCAACUCCCGUUUCUUCCACCUCUUCCCUGCGAAGAUUAACGUCUACCUCUCCCAUCAAUACAUCUUUCCUCCCUCCGACUUCUCUAGACACGCCUCCUGCGUCUCCAACAACUGCAGUUGAAUCGUCACCGUACGUGUCGACCGCCGGAUCCCAGCCGAUUCCGAUUCCUCGCAAUCCUAAUCGGUCUUUGGAAGACCUACCUCUGACCCCGCUGACUGGCCGUUUUGAUCACGGCCUGUAUUUGUCCGAACGCCCGUCAAAGAACUUGCAGUCUGCUCGGACUCGCCACUCGCGUGACGACAAACCAGCCCGGAAAAAGAAGACUCGAUCCGCUGAGCUGCCGGUGACCUCGUCCUCUACACCCGCCCCUACUGCGCGCAGUCACCGCGCGAAAACGAUGCCCCAUUCACAAGGACCAUCAUUGACCAUGUCACCCCAGCCAGGCCAAGCCUCGCCAAAGCAAUCGCCCAAGGACUCUCCCAUGUACCUGGGUAAUUUGCCCCGGUUCCACCCUGCAGCCUACCAGUCUCCCAACAGCCCUUCAAACACCCCGUUGUCGCCUACCACCAACCAGCAAAGGUCAUUUGCGUACCGCGUGUCGUCAAGCGGCUCUCGCGACGCUCUUCGACAAUACCGAGAGCUUGUCGCUGCCAGUGUUUCCCUGUCUCGCAAUGCCCCGUCUGGACGUGCUGAGAUAUCAGCUCCGCGACUCGACCCUCUCGGCAGUCCGGGUCCCGUCACUCCGCUGGUUCUUGAAGACGCCGAUAACUAUGUGGCCUCUCGUCCAGGCGGCCUCGAAGACAAGUCGUCGCAGCGUAAACUAGAGUCUGUUCCCGAGCGGGAACGGGUCGCCUCCCGAAAGGAUGGCAAGGGCCGCUGA